UGUGAAGGUGUUUCGCCAGCUAGACCUCCGCGCAGUUUAGAAUCUGUCACCCAAACGUAAAGGUGCACGACUCUCCUCUAGUCUCCUCUCCACAUCCUUGGAAACGAAUUUAUUAAACAAUCAUGAAGUUGAUCCUAGUACUUCCAGCAGUUCUGCUUCUUGUCAUCUGUUCGACUCAAGUGGUCAUUGGUCAUGUAUUUGGCUACUCGGAGCCAAAUCAGAGACGUUGGGCCCGUCACCAUGGCCAUUGUGCGGGAAAAACUCAGUCUCCGAUUGCAAUUACGACAAGUCGGACCAUGCCCUUGCAUAUGCCAGCUGUGGAUAUGAUUGGGUACCACAACCUAUUGGCGUAUCCCCUGAAAAUUGUCAACAACGGGCACACGGUCUCAAUUGGUAUACCGAAAGGCAAUGCUAGCGUGGAGCCAGUCGAGUUUCCUCCCUAUAUACGCGGUGCCAAAUUGCCUGGCGAAUUCGAGGUUGAAGGUCUGCAUUUCCAUUGGGGCGACAAGAACAAUCGUGGAUCCGAGCAUGUUAUCAACGACAUACGUUACACCAUGGAAAUGCAUAUUGUGCAUCGUAAUAAGAAAUAUGCCACCAUUGGAGAGGCGCUCAAUCAUCCUGAUGGUGCUGCCGUAUUGGGAUUCUUUUUCAAUCUGGAUGAAGAUGAGGGUCCUGGUCUGUACACAAUUGCCCGGCAUUUGCAUUUAAUAGCCGAUGCCAAUCAGGAGGCCACGCUUAAUGUAACCUUCUCUCUAUCCUCACUAAUUGCUGGCGUAGAUGUUGACAAGUUCUACACAUACAAGGGUUCACUGACGACACCGCCCUGCUCGGAGGCCGUCACCUGGAUUCUUUUCCCCGAUCCUAUUCCAAUUUCUCCCAAACAGAUUUCACGUUUCCGCCAACUAUCGGACACUCAAGAUGGUGCAUUGGUUGACAAUUUCCGCACCUUACAACCGGUGGGUAAUCGUCGAAUCUUUGCACGCACCGGACAUGUGCGUCACACAUCCAUAGCGGCCCUGAAACAUGAUGCUGACUAUCUCAAAUACGACUGGUUCUAUUGAAGAAGCAGCUGACUCGCUCUAGGAAGCAUCUCCA